ACACUUGUGGGCGAAAAGUACAUAUUGGAUCUGAGAAGGACAUCUGGAUAUGGGAGCCUCUCGGAGGCGCCCCAGGAUGGAGUCCCCACCCAGCACGGCGGGGCAGGAGGAGCAGGAGCUGCGGGAGCGUGCCUUUUUCUCAUGGGCCGAGUUCAGCCGCUUCUUCGACGCGUGGUGCCAGCAGCGGCUGGCGCUCUUCUUCGUCAAGAGCUCCAUGCAUCUGGCGCGCUGCCGCUGGGCCAGCGCGCCCCCGCUCUACACGCUCAUCGACGUGCUCAAGUACAGCUACGUGCGGCUCGUGUGCAAGGACGUGCGCGCGCCCAGCCGGCCCACCGUGGGGCCCCCCCAGCCCGGCUGCCCGGCCUUCAUCAUCGUCAAGCUGAGCCCGCUGCGGGACCGCCUCGUGGUGACGGAGUGCCAGCUGACCCACUCGCACCCGGCCUGCCCGCUCGAGUUCGCCUACUACUUCCGCCCGGGCCACCUGCUGGCCAACGCCUGCCUGCCGGUGCGCACCACCAACAAGAUCUCCAAGCAGUUCGUGGCGCCGGCCGACGUGCACCGCCUGCUCUCCUACUGCAAGGGCCGCGACCACGGCGUCCUGGACGCCCUGCACGUGCUCGAGGGGCUCUUCCGCACCGACCCCGAGGCCAAGGUGAAGCUGGUGUUCGUGGAGGACCAGGCGGUGGUGGAGACGGUGUUCUUCCUGACGUCGCGCACGCGGGCGCUGCUGCGGCGCUUCCCGCGCAUGCUCCUGGUGGACCGGCUGCCGGGGCUGCAGGGCGCGCUGGACCUGCUGGCCGUGCUGUGCGUGGACGGCGCGGGCCGCGCGCGCCAGGCCGCCUGCUGCGUGGCGCGCCCGGGCACGCCGAGCCUGCUGCGCUUCGCGCUGGCCUCGCUGCUGCAGAGCGCGCCCGACGUCAAGGGCCGCGUGCGCUGCCUGACGGCCGGGCCCGAGGUGGCGGCGCAGCUGCCCGCCGUGCGCCAGCUGCUGCCGGGCGCGCGCGUGCAGAUCUGCCGCGCGCAGGGCCUCGAGACGCUCUUCAGCAAGGCGCAGGAGCUGGGCGGCGCCGGCCGCGAGGACCCGGGCCUGUGGCCGCGCCUGUGCCGCCUGGCCGGCGCGUCGUCGCCCGCCGCCUACGCCGAGGCGCUGGCCGAGCUGCGCGCGCACGGCCCGGCCGCCUUCGUCGACUACUUCGAGCGCAACUGGGCCCCGCGCCGCGACAUGUGGGUGCGCUUCCGAGCCUUCGAGGCGGCCCGGGACCUGGACGCGUGCGCCCUGGUGCGCGGCCACCGCCGGCGCCUGCUGCGCCGCCUGAGCCCCUCGCGCAGCGUGGCGCAGUGCCUCCGCGACCUGGUGGCCAUGCAGUGGGCCGACGCGGCCGGGGAGGUGGCGCCCGACGGCCCGGACGGUGGCGGGCCGUGGCCGGAGGGCGAGCCGGGGAGGGGAGCCCCCGUGGAGGAGAGGGUGAAGGGCCUGGAGAGCGGGGACUGGGGAGGGGCCCCGAAAGAAGGAAGUAUUUGGAGAGGCGCCCCGUUGGAGAAGGAGUGGCCCCGAGGUUUGGAGGCCAGAGACCGGGGAGGGGCUCAGUUAGAAAGUGAGAUGGGGAGAGGGUUGCAGAUCCAAGACUGGAGAGAGGUCCAGUUGGAGAACCAGAAAGUGAGAGGACUAGAAGAGAGCGUUUGGAGAGGGUCCCAGCUGGAGAACGAGCCGUGGAGAGGACCAGAGAUCAGAGACUGGAGGGGGGCCCUGUUGGAGGGUGAGAAAGAGAAGGGACCGGAAGGUUAUGUCCGGAGAGGCGCCCGGCUGGAGGACCACGGGCUGAGAGGAUUGGAAGGGUAUACCUGGAGGACGGCCCAGCUGGAGGAUCGAAGAAUCAGGGUGCUGGAGACCACAGACCGGAAGGGGACCCCGUUGGAGUCUGAGAGGGCCAGGAGUCUUGAAGGGAGCCCCUGGAGGGGGGCCCAGCUGCAUGAUGAGAGGGCCCGUGGGCUGAAAACCAGAGAGUGGAAGGGGCCUCAGGUGGAAGCUGAGAAGGGAAGGGGGUUGGAGGUCAGGAACUGGAGGGGGCGCCCUUUGGAGAAGCCCAGGGAGUUGGUCCCUGAGAAUGGAGACCAAAGGGGACGCCAGUGGGGAGAUGAGAGGCAGAGAGGGCCAGAGAUUGGAGAAGAGAGAGGAGUGAGUUUGGGGGUCAAAAGAAGGGACCUGGAGGAUGUAGUUCUGGUCCAGCUGGGGGACACAAGGAUGACAGGCCUGGAGAAUGGAGAGGGAGCCCCAUCUGUAGGCCCCAAGAGCAGAGGAGGGCAAGGGAUGGAGUGUGGGGGCACAGGAGGGAGGUGUCUAGGGCUGGGGAACGGGGUCACAUGUGGCACCCCGGUGGCGACAGUGUUUGAGGGUGAUCUAGAAUGGGCAGGGACAAGGAGAGUCUACCUGGCCACUGGGGAGAGCCUGCAGGAAGGGGGUGAAGAAGAAGGUCCAAGGGAACCGAAGAGGCCUUGCUGCCCCUCGGCAGAGGAAGAGGUGGACUGGGAGCCCCUGGCCAAGUUCCGGGCAGCCUGCGGGCCAGAGCUGGCAGACUUGGUGGCCGAAGAGCUAGCCUUUGCCAGGCAGCACGGUACCCGGGGUUUCCACUGGACUGGAGCUGGGUUUGCCCUUAAGGAUGGCACCUCGGACUUCUUCCUGGACAGGGCUCUGACCCGCUGCAGCUGCUCCAUCCACGCCGCCCGGCGUCUGCCCUGCCGACACCUCUUUGCAGCACGCCUCCUCACCGGGGCAGCCUUAUUCCACAUGGACCUGCUCAGGGAUUGCUGGGGGAGAGCCCCAGAGCCCUGACCCUUCAGGUCCCUGCCUGCCACCCUCCGCUGCGAGGGCAGGAGGGCAUUCUUCGAUCCCAAAGAUAAUAGGGCUGAGGACAAGGAGGCCACCCCAGUCCCUCUGGCUACCUCCUGUGUCAUCCAGGGACCUCACCUUGGCCGUUUACCUCUCUGGGUGUGAGGGGGGGGAGCUGACAAUGGUCUCCGAGGUCCUGGAGCCACAGUGUGGAAGA